AUGGCGAGCCCCGAUGUACUUGAUAUGCUGGGAAAUCCUGCUCAGCUGGAUGGCUUCAAUGGGAUAGAGCCUGAACGUGACAGAACAACGGCAGCCGUCCGGCUCGGUGGCCAUGCUGGGACGUGGAAUCGAUCAAUUCCAGGAUCAAAUGGCUAUCUUGGUUCCUUCCCCAGACCCCAUGCUUCGUUGAACUCCUUAGGGGACCCGUACAUCCAGAUGCGCCCCACGCCUAACUUUCCAACCCUUGUAUCUUCUCCAGAGCGCUCGAAUAUCGACCAUCCCGACCGUCCUCUCUCUCCAUCAGCAGAGAGCCUUAGGCACGAUAUCCCUUUCCAAGCAAGGAAAUGCCAACACCCCGGAUGCAAAGACCAACGACUCUUCACUCAACCCUCCGCAUACAAAAAACACACAGACAAACACCUUCGCCCCUUCAAAUGUCCAGUUCCAACCUGCACAGUCAACAGCUUCGCCACACCCGGCGAUCUAAAGCGCCAUGAACGCGAAGUUCAUGCAGCGCCAGCUUACAUCUAUCCCAUAAUCUCGUGCAAGAGACAUCGAAGGGGUUUCAGCCGCAAGGAUAAUUUGGUUCAGCAUUUGAGGCGGACUCAUGACCUGGUUUUGGGGGACUCAGCGGGAUCAAUUCAGACCGAAUUAUCUGUAGUGAGUGAGGAGGCCUUUCGCGGCACGGAAUCGACAGAUCAGGUGGAAGACGUAAUUUCAAGUCCAUCUGAGAAGACGUCUUUGAUGACGAAGUUGAAGGAAUUGGAGAACGAGAAAGUGGAGGCUGUUAAGAGGUUUGAUGGGGAUAUCUUGGCGUUGAAGAGGAUUUUGGCUAUUAUGUGA